AUGUCUUCUACAACAGCUGAAAACCUUUCCUUCGUCCUAGAGGGCAUUCACAAGGUCAAGUUCGAAGACCGACCAAUUCCUACUUUGAAAAAUGCACACGAUGUUCUGAUUAAUGUCAAGUACACCGGUAUCUGCGGCAGCGAUGUCCAUUACUGGGAACAUGGAGCUAUCGGUGCUUUCGUCCUCAAAAGCCCCAUGGUGCUAGGUCACGAGAGUGCAGGUAUCGUUACACAGGUCGGUUCAGCCGUAACUACUCUAAAGGUCGGCGACCGCGUCGCCAUGGAACCUGGUACUUCCUGUCGUCGGUGUGAGCCCUGCAAGAGCGGCAAGUACAAUCUCUGCGAGCAUAUGGUCUUUGCUGCUACGCCACCGUACGAUGGCACCCUAGCCAAAUACUAUACUCUCCCUGAAGACUUUUGCUACAAGCUCCCUGAGCAGAUGUCGCUGCAGGAAGGUGCGCUGAUGGAGCCACUCAGCGUGGGAGUCCACAUUGUGCGCCAGGCACAAGUAGCUCCCGGCCAGACAGUGGUCGUGUUCGGUGCGGGACCAGUGGGCUUACUCUGCUGUGCCGUAGCCACAGCCUUUGGGGCUUCCAAGGUCAUUGCAGUCGAUAUUCAGCAGGCACGUCUGGAUUUCGCGAAGGAGUACGCUACUACUUCUACCUUUAUUCCCGGCAAGGGGUCUGCCUUGGAGAAUGCUGAGAGACUCAAGGUGGAGAAUGGCCUGGGUGCUGGGGCCGAUGUUGCUAUUGAUGCGUCGGGCGCAGAGGCUUCUGUGCACACAGGUAUUCAUGUUCUGCGUAAUGGUGGUACCUAUGUGCAGGGUGGCAUGGGACGUAGCGAGAUUCAGUUCCCUAUAAUGGCUGCCUGUUCUAAAGAGUUGACCCUUCGGGGAAGCUUCCGCUAUGGCAGCGGGGACUACAAGUUAGCGGUUGACCUGGUUUCAUCGGGCAAGGUGGACGUGAAGAAACUGAUCACGGGCACAGUCAAGUUUGAGGAAGCGGAGGAGGCGUUCAAGUCAGUUAAGGCUGGAAAGGGCAUCAAGACCUUGAUUGCUGGAAUUGAUGUGUGA